AUGAAGUGAAAGUGAAGUAGUAGGAGUAAUCAUAAUGGUAGGAAUGAUGGGUUGGGAAGCUCCACAACAAGGAUGGAGGAAGGGCCCUUGGACUCCUAAAGAGGAUAAGCUGCUAACUGAAUAUGUUAACUUGCACGGAGAGGGAAGAUGGAGUUCAGUUGCUAGGUCUGCAGGUUUGAAUCGAAGUGGGAAGAGCUGCAGGCUUAGGUGGGUUAAUUAUCUUAGACCUGGUCUUAAGAGAGGUCAUUUAACACCUCAGGAGGAAGGCAUCAUUAUUGAAUUGCAUGCACUGUGGGGUAACAAAUGGUCUACAAUUGCCAGAUACUUGCCAGGGAGAACGGACAAUGAGAUAAAGAACUAUUGGAGAACCCAUUUUAAGAAGAAAGAAAAGUCCUCUCAGAAGCAAGAAAAAAGAAAAGCUCAAACUCUAAAGCUGAAACAACAACUGCAGCAGCAGCAGCCGAAGCCACAACCAGAUAAAGACGAGAUGAAAAGGGUAUUGCCUGUUCAGACUGAAAAGGCAAAUACCAAAGUAAGUCAAGUGACUGAGGCACAAGCAAGGCCAGAGAUGGUUUUCAUGUACCCAACUUUAGAGGAUCAAUGCUUGCCUGUUACGUCUCCAGCGGCUGCUGCUUCUUGGCUAGACCAGUAUCUGGUAGAUGAAGGCUUAUGGGGUGGAUUGUGGAACCUGGACGAUCCACACGGUGGCCUGGAUCAGGCUGGUAACUGCAACAAGAUUGCAAUGCAAAGCCAAGCAACAGCUUGCUCUUUUGGAGGGGAUGGAAGCAACUUAUACAAUGGAGGCUACAUCUUCUAAGCAUAAUUUUGGACCUUAUUGGGAGCGUAUUUCCCAAUUAAGAUGAAUAUUGGAAUUUCUAGUGCAUUUUACAGUUGAAUUACUCGGUUUGUGAAUUAUGAUA